AUGCGCGACUCUCUGAGGAACAUUCUAAAGAAAAUCGAAACUGUGUGUUGUACAGCCGACUGCUGGACGUCGUUCCAUCGCAGCUUCUUGGGUGUUACCGUGCACUGGAUUAACCCAGAAUCUCUGGCAAGAGAGUCCGCAAUCUUGGCAUGCAAACGUCUCACAGGGCGCCAUACCUACGACGUUCUCGCUGCUGCCUUGCAAGACGUCUUCCGAGAGUUUAAGAUAACAAACAAGAUCUUGGUCACUGUAACCGAUAACGCAUCCAACUUCAUCAAGGCAUUUCGAGUGUUCGGCCAGAAGCCUUGUGAAGAUGAUCUGGAAGUUGACCUUUUCGACGUCUCGGCUAUUUUGGAUGACCGGCCAGCGACCUCGGCGGAUUUCAUCUGCCUGCCAAACCACCAACGCUGUGCGGCUCACACACUCAACCUUGUGGCCAACGUCGACGCUCGUGAAGCUUCCCAUGAUGCAAGCUACAGCCGCUGCUCAUCGAAAACCCUCAGCAAGUGCAGAGCUCUCUGGAACAGGCAGCAGCACUCUACAGUUUCUUCAGAGAUCAUUUCCAGGAAGCUCGGUCGUCUUUUGAUCGUACCAUGUGCGACCCGAUGGAACUCAUUGUACGACGCUCUGAGUUUUCUUAGUGGAAUCGAUCGAGCUGUGUUGGAUGGUAUUUCCGACGAACUGGCUUUACCAAGGCUUCAGGACGAAGAAGUUCUGUUCAUCGAGGAGUAUACAAAGGUCAUGAAGCCAUUGGCAAAGGCGCUCGACAUCCUACAAGGGGAAAAGUACAUGUAUAUGGGAGCUCUUCUACCCGUGAUAUGGUCAGUCUUGAAGGCACUUGACGAGAUGACGCCGCUUAAAGUUUGUGGAGCUCUUGUCGACGCUCUAAAGCAAGGAGUGUCCUCGAGGACGUUCGGCCUUGCGCAGCGCGACCUUGUGUACUAG